CAAAACAUGGGUCGGAACGAGCGCUAAAUGCGCAUGAAAAGUCGGUUUUUAAUGUAUUGCGGGCGCGAGGGAGACCUCCAAAGCAAGCCCGCAUUGUGAAUCAUGAACGCUUUGAACCUCUACCUAGAAACGUGCCGAAAAGUGUUCGGAUCGGACCUCGAAGACCACAGUGCCUGGGCUGACAUAUAUCGCCUGCUGUCUCUGCUUAGGCAGGCACUUGCGUGCAGUGUGUGUUCCAAUCUCCUGGUCGUCCCGAUGUCUUCGUCUUCGUCCAAGUGUCGGCACGCGGUGUGCAAGGGCUGCAUAGGUCAGACAAUGCGGCUAAGCGCACCCUGCGUCGACUGCAACAACAACACGUCCGGUUUCACCGAGAACCUGCAGCUUCGCAUUGUGCUACAGUGCUACAAAAAGAUCUGCCGCUACCUGAGUGCGCCCAGCUUUCAGAGGAAGUGGGGUAGUCUGAAUGGUGGUACAAAUAUUACUUUCAGGGACCUUGUCGUCGAAGGGUCGCACCUGGCCGAUAACUAUCGGCACGCAGAGCCAACUUCGACUAGCUUACCGUCGACGUCGUCCGCAGUGCCUUCCUUGGCAGCUUCGUCAUCAUUUUCUCCAUCGUUAUCCUCAUCGUGUGUAGCAGCAGCAUCCACAACCGUACCUACUCAAUCAUCGCGUGUUGUGAAUCGGACUUCGGCCGUAGCCGCUGCCGCGGUGACGAAAAGUGUGAAUGGUGACAGGACGCGUCGCGCUGUGCUGCUCAAUGGAGAUGCAUUGGCACUAGCGCACGACCGUGCCACUUCUGCGCCCUACAAGCUCAUAAAGGUGCCCGCAGUACUGGAGAUCACCCGAUCCGGUUCAGAUUCGACGUCGGCGUCGGAGUGCGGCAGCCCUUCGGCGGCGGUGCCCCCGACGCCAACCGCUGUGCUGCAUUACCAGCGGCCAGCGACGACGUCGGCACGCCGGGGCUGUCGGUGUGGCGCGGCGAGCCUGAAUCCGGGCAAGCUGACGUGCUGCGGCCAACGGUGCCCUUGCUACGUGGCCGGCGCUAGCUGCAAGACGUGUCGCUGCAAAGGAUGCCGCAACCCGGUCGACAAGAUCACCCAGCUCUGGGGCGAGGCUCUGCAAGUGGGCGGCGGUCACGAUGCCGUCAAGGCGGUAAUCGACGGCGGCAAGCCGUCCUCCGAGCCACGGACACAUGUGGUGCACAUCGUGCAGGUGGACGAGUGACGCAACGCCGGUGUGUGCAUGGGCCAUCUGUGUAUGAUAGUGUUUCUGUUUCAUCACAUCCUUCAUUGAAGCCAUCAGCGUUGUGGGUCUAUAUCUGUGUGAGGACAGUGUGACGAAGGCCCUUCCUGGAGAAGGUGUACGUGCCGUGGUAUUCAUUAGUGGUGGACCCAGUGGACUCUAGCAUGGCAGCGACCUACUGGCUGAACACCGCAGGCGGUUUUCUCCGUUGGCCGCUUUGUAAAUGUCGUCAAGUCUUGCAGGUCUCGAGAGCGUUCUUUAGGACGUCGGUCAACAGUCUUGAUUUCAAGCUUUGGGCUGGCAGGCAUUUAAGGGCUGUCACAUGCUUGAAGGUAGUUUUGACACACUGACAUAGAGGUUAAGGAAUAAGGCACCAUGAUUGCCGGCUGCAAAUGUAGAAAGUGCAGUGUGACAUUUCUUAUUGCCUUUGCAGGCACCCAUACAUGAAAUUUGCUGUUGUGAGACACACACAACACAGUGCACUAAAAGUCAUUUAAUGUGUAGCAGUGCCAAGAUCCCUUCGUAGCAAAAAGCCAUUCCUUGAAGUUAUAGGUUUCCCGAAGGCCUUGCUACAUCUUUUGAUUUUCUGUGCAGAUAUAUCUUCUAGAUCACUCACAGUUUAUGACAAUUUCAGACUCGUAACACUAAUAUGCAGGCAGUAACUAUAACCACAUUUUGUUACACACAGUAACUACUUUCACAUAUUAAUUUAAGUCUUUGUAACUAAAAAUUGAAAGGAAGUAAAAGGAAUGCCUGGUAGCUAAAGCUUGUAUUUUUUGUAGAAUAGUGUGCAGCAUGGUAGUCUGUAUGUUGUGGUGCCUCAUCUUUCACACUUAUGUCAUGUGCCUUGCAUUAUGGUUUCACUAAGCCUGGUACUCCUGACGGCCUCCUUGUGCUGACUCAGGUUUCAUAACUAUGCUUGUUGCAGUAAGCUGCUAGUCUGCAGUCAAAUUACAGCCCAGAUGCCUGCUUAUCAAAGCAAUAAUUCCAUUUUUCAGGCCACUUCGCAAAACGGAAUAUUUUGUGCCAAAGUGAGUGUAAAGUUGAGAGACUGCUCUUGGUUUGUAUACUCUAGGCUGUUAAUAAGUGUGUGUCAGUAUACUGUGUUGCAAAGUUUUGUAAAGGCCCAGGAAAAAAGCAUGCCUAGCAAAAAAAAGAUCAAGUAUGGGCUUGAGCCAACAUGUAGACACUGUCAGUGUUGUGCUUAGAUCAUGAACUGUGUGGCAGCAGGUUUUAAACUGAACCCACAAAUGAGAAGUACAGCUUGAUGUUCUUGUGUUACUUUGUACAGCUCCUUGUUUUCUCCUGGUGCCUGUUCUAUUGUGUUCAGAUGUUGCCUUACUUGAGGUGCAAGAUGGGCCGAAAGUUUGAUAAUCAUUUAACAUCCAUAAAACAUGUUUAUAUGGAGUUCUAAAGAACAGACUGGUAGGUUAGCUGGUACUGCAUAACCUGAGGUCAAGUGCAGAAGAGUGCGCAGGACGACGGAAGGAGAUGAAGACACAGCACUGUGUCUUCGACCCCGUUUGGGGACCCGCGUACCCUUUUGCACUCUACCUAAAGUUAUUUUUAUAUGCUUUAGUCUGUCACAUUUUGUGGAGGGCAGUACUUUGAAGCAAGCAGUGCUGACUAUUGAUCACUGCCUUAGACCAUGAGAUCAAGAAUCACUUGCUGGACAUCAUAUGAAUUUUAUCAUUGCACUGUAAACACACUACCAAAUAAGCAUUAAUGCUUAUGUUUACUAUCUGCAUGCUUUUAAUAUCUCAAUCAAGUGGGCAUUCAUCAUAUUGCUCAAAGUUUUGUACUGCCAAGAGAAGAUAUACCACUAUGUCGAAUGAUGGGCCAGCCCUGACACAUCUUACUGUUUGAACAAGUUUGUUGAGUUCUGAAUAAUUCUGUAAGAUGUUCGUUGUAGCACUGAGUUGGAAGACAUUUCCUCAACAUGUCAUAUAGGGUUGACGUACUAAAUUAAUCUAGUAAACAUCACUACAUUUCCUUUUAAGAACCUUGGUUGUACCACUGUUAAAAUUUAUGUUUACACUUGUGUUCUAUGCAUGCAAUAUGUAAUUUUCCUUUGCUAUUAAUUUUCUAUUGGCAAAUAUACAUUGACUGAAACUCUGGCAUUGUUGCAUCGUCAUUAGGAUAGCGCUGUCAGAAGGAGGUUGUUUUCUUUUUGCUUUAUUUUACCUUGUUUUUGCACAGGAUGUUAUUAAAAAAAUAAGCAAGAAAGGCAAAGUAAUUUAUAUAUUUAAUGGUUGCUUUAUUAGCUGAGGCAUCAAUUGUAACAAACAAUACAAAAGAAAAUGUAAUUCUUGUGCGUUUUUAGUGUCGCUUCCGUCUCUUUUCAGUGCAUUUUACCGAGGUUCCUAUUUGAUGAACAAUAACACAAAUGUCCUUAUAUAAGAGUACUAUGGCCCUUGUUGAGAAGUUAUACCAAGACCUUACUUUCAUUUUGCAUGAUCAGCUCUUUAAGUAUAGCUUUCUAUUUAGAAUGUGUAAGAAAGUUAGGCACCAGAAGUUAUUACACAAUUAUGAUGUAUGUGCCAGCAUUUCAAAAUUCCUGUAUUGCAUUAGCUGAAGGCAUCCAUACUCUAUGGUGGAUCUGAUAGAUAAUUGACAUUGCUUCAAUUUUUAUGCAAGUCAUCCUGGCUGUUAUUUCAACAAGGUGGCAGUGCUUUGCUUUGCAAUGCCUCAAAUCAUGUGUGUAGUUAUUCCAAAUGAUGCCUAUUGCCUUACCAAGAACAAAGAUUUCCUUUUAAUAGGAAUGUUCAAGUUUAACAGAUAAUUUUUGUUUGUUACUUUCUGUAUUGCACUUUCUUGGUGGACAUAACAUAUAUUUUCAUUGUGCACUGAGACAUAUCAGAAAAUGCUGUGGCGACUUAAUUAAAGACACCCAGCAACUUACACAAAUGGAUGUGCUAAUAGAAGGAAAAGCUAAUGAAUUGAGCAUGGAUUAUCUGCAAAUGCAGGGGCACUGGCAGUGUAAGAGCUAAAAGGUAAUCCAUACUAUAGAAGUCUCAUUCACACUAGGAUAACUUAAUGAUCUUUCACAGAAAUGGAGCAUGUAGCGAGUUUCAGCUGCAUGGUGUGAAAGUUGUACUCAUUAAGGAAAUGCUGAAUUUCAUUACUCAGAGUGGUUGCUCAUACCCUCUGCAGAUGCUGCUAUUCUUAGCCAACAUCCCCAGGUCAAAGCACCAUUUCUGGUAUCACUUUUGCCCCAUCUUGCACCUGCAUUGCAACCUGCGUGCAUUGUGAUGUAUCAACAAUAACUUGUUUAGGAGAGAAGGUUUGAGUGAAUUAGCCGCUGGCUGCACAAACAAACACAGGUACGAAAUGAAAUGUGCCGAGUGAGAUGCAAGUUAUGCAGACUUCAAAUCUUGAUUUUCUUCGUGUGAGCCGCUUGCUCGGAAGUUUACAGCUCUUUGUACAGUUAUUGCUCCCUCGCAUGUGUAAAUAUCUUGUAAAUAUAUACAUAUUUCAUAUAUGCAAACUUUGCCUGUAACUACGGUGAAUAUACCUGCGACAUAUUUUUACAGAGAUAAAUAAGAGUAAAGUUCAAUAAAGGUCGCACACUAUGGGCCAAAAUAAUGCCUCUGAUUGUGGCAGGCUGUCUUCAUUUUUUUUUUUUUUUGUCACGAGAGAGUUUUCAGUUUUUGGUUUAUUUCUCAAUGAACUGCUGGAUUCUUGUGAGCAGCCUGUGGUGGAAUGCAAAAUGGUUCUGCUUCUUGGAUACCGACUGCCUUUUGUAUUUGUACAGUAUUGAGAUCUCUUCUGAUUUCUGUUCCUUCUUAGAAACUGCUUUUUAUUUCUCUCUGCCAUUUUCUAAGCGACGCCAUGGUUAUUCAUUUCUGACCGUUGCUGUUAUUAUAUGUUCAAUAAUGUAGCUCUGCUACCUUCACAAAUAGAAAAUAUGUGUGUCCUGGCUGUUUGGUUUUGUGCGCAUUGCUUUUCUCAAAAGAUAAGCUCAAACAGCAGAUUUAGUUUAAGUAGUGCAGAGCAGCUAGGUGUGCUAGUAUUCACAUGUACAGCUGAUUAAUUUUUCUCUAACAAUUGAAUACAAACAGUCACACCUGUUGAAACAUUUCAUCGGUGAUCUUCUGGUUUCGUAGUUUAUCUGCAGUAGUCUUGCUGAAAUAGUGCAGGAUAUAUAAGGAAUCAUUAUUGAUUCCUUAGGAAUAGUGCAGAAGCUCAGUGGAAUUAAUAGUCUGCACAUGGAAGCAUUUCAGUAGAGGUGUGCCCGCCUGUGGCCCUCAUAGGCUUUUGAAUAUUGAAGACAUGCUUGACACACAAUGCUUUUCAAAAGUACAUCGGGUACUGUGGGCAUAACAGUACUUCCCCAAAGCUCCAUAGGUUUAGAGAGUUCUGAACUCAGGAUACCUAUUGAUCUUCCGGUAGCUCAUGGCCUAUGACUAGUGCAUUCUUGACUGACCAACCAUUUAGUACAUACUCGUGAGCCUAACUGCGAGGAUGCACGGUAUGUGCAGCCAUGCUAAAAAAAAAUGCCAUAUCGCAAGGAAAGGUUUCGUGUUUCUAGCUCGUGUCUGUCUUGUGGCCAGCAUGAAGUGCUUUCUAGAAAAAGGGCCCUACGGUGACGAUCCCAACUUUGACCGGCUAGUGCGGGGGUUGCGAAGCGAGCAUUUGCCAUGCCGCACUUUCAGAAUCACUCACAGCGUCAACCUAUGCUUGUAGCACCUGGAAUCGCUGCACAAAACAAUUCUUGAGCCCUGAAUGCAUGUCGACUACGAAACGGGCGACACACCGAUGCAAUGGCCAGUUGAAUCUGGGAGCACCGAGAGCCACCGCCAAAGCAUGCGGCGUCUUUCCAGCCGAACCAAUUAACUAAUGCACGGCGUUGUGGUCAAACUGCGGGCGAGCGUCUUACACACUCCUUUGGUAUUUCAAGAACGUUAAACGUAAUCGCGCAACGCUGUGAGAAGGCUGUUGGUAUCAAAAGCACGCGCAGAGCUUCCCAAUGUCGCGGAACCGACCGAGUGACCUUUAUUGCGGCGUAAUCGUUGGAUUCCGAACAGGGAUAGAAUACGAUCGCAACGGCAGACAAUGAAUAACCGCAGCGUUCGCCUCGUGUGGUUUGAUUUCUGUGUCUUGUUCAUAUGCGGUACGGUGUUCACUAUGAUAUGGUAGUGGUCCUGGGUUAUGUGCACGAACUUUCUCGUAGGGCGCACUGUCGCACCUACCCUUUUUCUGUGCUCGAUCGCCAGACCGCGCGAAAAGCGCGACUCAAUGUGGUCUCGGCGUACUUAAAUGUAGGUGUGUGCAUUGCCGACUCCUGAAAAGUGAGAGCUCUUUCUAGUUUGGAUUCGGGCUCACGCAUCGAGAAAAUGCCCGCGCCUCUGACUAAAUUGUUUUUUUUUUCUUUUUUUGUAUUUGUUGGUUUUUCUCGCAGCUUUUUGUUUGUUCGAUAGUGCUGUUAUUUGUUGAAUGCGCUAGCCGUGUAGUCUAAGUAACGUGCAGAUCGAGUACGUAUUUUAAAAGUAAUUCUCGACAGCGUAGUCGCGAUUCAUUGCAAAUCAACUUGGGCACAAGUGUGUGAAAACUGCACUGUGACUAUUAUCUUGGGAAUGAAUGGGAAAAUCUUGUUUUCUCGACACGUAUACGCUCAGGUAAAGCCGAGGGGGCGUUGCGAGGAUCACUGGAUCAUAUAAAUUUUAUUCUGAUUUUUACUUCAUUUGAUAGUGUACAAAUUCUCGCGUACAAACGAUGCAGAUCUGUUCCGUGGUGAUGUUGUUUCGAAAAAAGCGAAGAUAUGACGAAAUCGGCGUUCUCUUACUGCUGCACUUGCCGUGAAAUCAUUCGUCAGAGACUGGAGGCGCAAGAAAAAUGAAUGUAGCGAUUAACCCGUAGUCGAUUUGUGACGCUCGCGUAGUGAAACGUGCCCGUUUUGUUGGAUCAUGGUAAAAGAUUCUCGAUUUACAACGCUUUUCUUUCGUUGUCCCUGUUACUCUUAACUAGUUCGCAUCGAACAAAUAUUCAUUCGCCUACUUGUUAAUUAUUGUUUGUCACCCGCCGUGGUUGCUCAGUGGCUAUGGUGUUGGGCUGCCGAGCACGAGCUCGCGGGAUCGAAUCCCGGCCACGGCGGCCGCAUUUCGAUGGGGGCGAAAUGCCAAAACACCCGUGUGCUUAGAUUUAGGUGCAAGUUAAAGAACCCCAGGUGGUCGAAAUUUCUGGAGUCCUCCACUAAGGCGUGCCUCAUAAUCAGAAAGUGGUUUUGGCACGUAAAACCACAUAAUUUAAUUUUUUGUUCAUUAUUGUUUGUUAAGACAAGGGAACACACGACUAGACAAGGUUUGUUAAUUUGCUGUGUGUGCAACUUUUUUCUUAAAUCCCCCAUCAAUCGUACGUUUAUGGAAAUAAAGGCAAUUCAAAAUUCACUUCAUUCAAAAGAUGAACGGCCAUUUUGGCCGUGAAAUAAACGCAAUCCGUUGCAGAGCGCGGUCAUUUCUCGAGGUUGUUGCCCGACCGAUAGUGAAACUUCCACAAUUUUUUUCUCUUCGUAGUGAGCUCUUCCUUUCUGGGCAGACUGGCAUGAGAUUUUCAUCUUUUUCACGAUUCUUGUGUUUUUUUUCGGCAAUCAUUACAAUCUCUUUCGGGGACCUGUUAGUUUUAUCAUGUGGCGUUUUGUUCUUGUGGCGGAGAGAAUGCUUCAUCUGAUAUUUAAAUGACUCGCGAUUGUAGGAGUGUUUCUUUUUCUUUUUUUUUCUUUUUUGAUCGAUGCCAAACCAACUUUCAAGUUGGAGUGCAACUACGCACAGGUUCUCAGUGACGACCUGAACAUAAAUUUCUGUUAAAAACAGAGAAUAAAAUUUUAAUGAAUUGAG